UAAUAAUCAUCACCAUCACGGUAACAGAAAAGCAAGAAUUUCUCUGUGCGAUCACACGCACACCCGCACUAGAGAGAGAACUCGAUUCGAUUAUUAUUAAAUUAUUGGUUUGACGAUUUGGUUAUCUCCGCCGUGAUCUCGCCGGAGCAGUUAGGCGGUGAUAAGAGAGAUUUUGGUUGAUCUCCGAGGACGACUUUGCUAGGGUUUCGAAGAUGGUGAAUUCCAUGGUUGAGAGAGCGACGAGCGACAUGCUCAUCGGCCCCGAUUGGGCCAUGAACAUCGAGAUCUGUGACAUUUGCAAUCACGACCCAGCGCAAGCAAAGGAUAUUGUGAAAGGCAUUAAGAAACGACUUGGCAGUAAGAAUUCAAAAGUUCAGCUUCUUGCAUUAACUCUUCUGGAGACAAUUGUGAAGAAUUGUGGAGACAUUGUCCAUAUGCAUGUAGCAGAAAAAGAUGUUCUUCAUGAGAUGGUGAAAAUUGUGAAGAAGAAGCCUGACUUUCAUGUCAAAGAAAAGAUAUUGAUCUUAAUAGAUACAUGGCAAGAAGCUUUUGGAGGAGCAAGAGCCAGGCAUCCCCAAUAUUUUGCUGCUUACCAGGAGUUGUUGCGAAUGGGAGCAGUGUUUCCUCAGAGGUCUGAGAGGUCUGCACCUGUUUUCACUCCACCACAAUCCCAUCCAUUGGCUUCUUAUCCUCAAAAUGUCCGUAACCCUGAAUCUAGAGAAGAUGCAGCUGAGCCUUCAACAGAGGCUGAAUUUCCAACUUUGAGCUUGUCAGAAAUCCAGAAUGCACGUGGUAUCAUGGAUGUUCUUGCAGAAAUGCUUAGUGCACUGGAUCCUGGUAACAAAGAGGGGCUCAAGCAAGAGGUUAUUGUUGAUCUGGUGGAACAAUGUCGUACAUACAAGCAAAGAGUUGUUCACCUUGUAAACUCAACUUCGGAUGAAUCGCUUUUAUGUCAAGGACUAACACUAAAUGAUGACUUGCAACGUGUCCUUGCCAAACAUGAAGCCAUUGCAUCUGGAGCUUCUCCUGCUCAAGCAGAGAAAUUAAAACAAGCUGAACCUGCUAAAGGGCUCCUGAAUGUUGAUGCUCCUCUUAUUGAUACUGGAGACAAGCAGACUGACCAAGGUUCUACAUCAAGUGCUAGUUUGGGGACACAGUUGCUACUUCCUGCUCCUCCAUCAGCUAAUGGUCAAUCUACAACUCCGACAAAAGCUGGUCCUAAGAUGGAUCUUUUGAGUGGAGAUGACUUUGGUUCACCCGCAGCAGAGGAUUCAUUAGCACUUGUUCCAGUUGGUGUGGUAGAAGCUCAGCCGGCUAAUCAAGUUCCUCAACAGAAUGCCCUUGCUCUCGUGGAUAUGUUUUCAGAAACCACUAAUCCUCAGUCUACAUAUACAGUUGGCCAAACACACCCCUCAUCCUCUCAAUUUCCUCAGCAACAGAACUUUCAAUCCCCACAGCAAUCUUUUUACACUAAUGGAACUGCAUCUGGAACAAUGUUACCGCAACAAGAAAAGUCUCCAUACCUUCAAGGGUCUAAUACUGCUUGGAAUGGCCAGAUGACCCAGCAACCGCAACCGCAGCCACAGCCACAGCAGCCAUCUCCAGUUUAUGGUGCUGAAACGACUGGUGCACUACCCCCUCCUCCCUGGGAAGCGGAGGCAACGAAUGAUGGUGAAAUGAGUGGUAGUCCACUUACACAAACAGUUCAAAAUAAUCAGGCUUUUGGAGGUAGUCCUCAUGCUCUACCAACGCAAAACAAUCAAUUUGUUGGUAGUAGUCCACAUGCUUUACAAAUGCAAAACAAUCAAUUUGUUGGUAGUAGUCCACAAGCUUUACAAAUGCAAAACAAUCAGUUGGGAGGUAGUCCAACAAUACAAAAUACUCAGUUGGGCAGUAGUCUACAACCUACUGUACCGAUGCAAAAUGCUUAUGGUUUCCAAUCUUAUGGCAAAGAGCAAGUUGGUGGUAUGUAUGCUCAGCCCAUGACUGGUGCCAAUCCUGUCAUGAAUAGCCACGGUAUGCAAAGCAAUCAGAUGGCAGGUUUUCAUCCUCAGCCAAUUCAAGGUGGGCAAUCAAUGGGUAUGUUUCCACAACAAAUGCCAUCUGGCCAAAUGGCUUAUAUGUAUCCACAGCAGAUGUAUAGCAACCAAAUGACUGGGUAUGGAUAUGGCUAUGGUUAUGGUCAGCAACAAAAUAAUCAGUUCCUUGAACAAAGAAUGUCCGGGUUAUCUGUCAGGGAUGAUGGCGUCCUUAAGAGUUCGUCCUAUCAACUUUCUACUCCGUCGUAUGUGCCACCUGGGAAACCCUCAAAGCCAGAAGACAAACUAUUUGGAGACCUUGUUGACAUAUCCAAAUUUAAACCCGCAAAAGGUCCUUCUGGCAGAGCUGGGAGCAUGUGACAGUGACACUUCUGUAUUCAAUACUCUUUUUCAACCUUUUCUUAUUGUAACCUGAUCAAAGAUUCCUUUUUUUGUUUUUUGAAAUAUUUGGUCAUGUUUAUUUUUGUUUUUAUACAUUGUUUAUUUUUACUCUUUAUGAGGUUGCUUUUUCUCAUUGAUUGUACAUUUGCUAUAGAGUAGAGAAAUGAGAUUCCCAAGGAUUGAAAAAAAUGUUUAAAAGACCUCUGUUUGGUAGCUUUGAUUGAUAUAUGGAAGGUUUUUCUUUAUAAUA